UUGGAGUUUGACCUUCGUCUUCCGUGCGUGUGUCGCAGACGCUCUUGAGAUGCGCAGGCAUCUGCAGGCAGGCGGCAGGCCAUUGUACGCUUUAGUAAUUUUCCUUCCUUUUCGUUAUAAAAAUUAAUAUUUCUGAGUGUGUAAUACAAAUUUUUAGUCAUUUGCUGGACUACAGCCAGUGCAAGAAACUUCUUGUUAAAUAUCUUGCACAAAAAUGGCUCACAUACGAAAACUUGCUUCGAUUUUCACCCGGUCUCUUGCGAAACCAAUGUCGUACACUACAUUGUUUACAACAAAAUAUCACCAUGUCAUGGCUGGAGCUAUUAUUAAUGUUAAUCUUAAUAAUCGUCGAUUUUGUUCAAGUGAGGUCAAACUUCAACCUGACACGUAAGUAUUGACUUAUUUGUAGUCUAUAAGCUUGAUAUUUAUACUGAUUACUGUAUAUAUCAAUAUUGUGCAUUAGACUCCCCAAGAGGAGCAAAAAUAAACAAAAGCUGCCGACUGAUUACUAAGUGGUGAUUUGGUACUUGUCUGAAAGAUUGUUUACACAUCAAUGGGAGAGCAUCAAAGUGACAGCACUCAAUAUCAUUUUUCACAUAUAAAUGCUACGUGUUUCCAAGCAUUCUCUCCCCCUGACGAGUAAAAUUGUCUGCCGUUAGACAGAGUAAAGUAAUAAAGUAGGGCGCAUUGGCGCACGAUGCAACUUAACGGGUCAAUUUGUCAAGGAGAGAGUGAGCAAUUCCGUUUGAAAAUCAUACUCCGCCUCCCUGUAUCAAGGGCAAGGGUUUUCCUAUUACAUGUACCAUUCUAGCAAUAAAAUGGGCAUAACUGAUGACUACCAUUAUUUCCCUCUUGUUUGUUUUUCCAGAGUAUCAAUGACAUUUUUAGACCGGGAUGGAGACAAGAAGACAGUGUCUGCAAAACAGGGAGAUUCACUUCUUGAUGUCGCCAAAAAUAAUGACAUUGAUCUCGAAGGUGCGCUGUUUGAGCCAUUUAAUGAUGAGUAAAAUUGUCCGUUGUUAGACAGAGUAAUAUAAUAAUGUAGGUUCUCAACAAAUUUUCUGUCUUCUAGGUGCUUGUGAAGGAACGCUGAGUUGUUCAACAUGUCAUCUCAUCUUUGAUCCAGAUGAGCACGCUAUGUUAGACCUCCCCCCCGCGGACGAUGAAGAGCUUGAUAUGUUGGAUCUCGCCUACGGAUUGACACCAACGUAAGUUCCACUCGAAGAAGAACAGUUUAGAACUGAUAGAGCUAUCCAGUAUAAAUAAAGUUAGUUUAGUUUAGGUUUCCUUCUGUAGUAACACUGGAUCAAUAUCUAGAUGAUUCCUACUGGACCUCUAGGAAGAACAGUUUAGAACUGAUAGAGCUAUCCAGUAUAAAUAAAGUUAGUUUAGUUUAGGUUUCCUCCUGUAGUAACAAUGAAUCAAUAAGAGAUGAUUCUUACUGGACCUCUAGGAAGAACAGUUUAGAACUGAUAGAGCUAUCCAGUAUAAAUAAAGUUAGUUUAGUUUAGGUUUCCUCCUGUAGUAACACUGGAUCAAUAAAAGAUGAUUCUUACUGGAACUCUAGGAAGAACAGUUUAGAACUGAUAGAUCCAUCCAGUAUAAAUUAAGUUAGUUUAGUUUAGGUUUCCUCCUGUAGUAACACUGGAUCAAUAAGAGAUGAUCCUUAUUGAACCUCAAGGAAGAACAUUUUAGAACUGAUAGAGUUAUCCAGUAUAAAUAAAGUUAGUUUAGUUUAGGUUUCCUCCUGUAGUAACACUGGAUCAAUAAAAGAUGAUUCUUACUGGACCUCUAGGAAGAACAGUUUAGAACUGAUAGAGCUAUCCAGUAUAAAUAAAGUUAGUUUAGUUUAGGUUUCCUCCUGUAGUAACACUGAAUCAAUAAGAGAUGAUCCUUACUGGACCUCUAGGAAGAACAGUUUAGAACUGAUAGAGCUAUCCAGUAUAAAUAAAGUUAAUUUAGUUUAGGUUUCCUCCUGUAGUAACACUGGAUCAAUACUAGAUGAUCCUUACUUCCAUUAUCUUUCUCAGAUCGAGAUUGGGAUGUCAAAUUGAAGUUACAGAAAAAUUUGAGGGCAUCACAUUAAAAGUACCGGAAGCAACAAGAGAUGCGAGAGACUUGUAACACACUUCAGUCUUGUGUUAAAAAACUAAUAUUUGAAAUGAUAUUCAUGUUUUAUAUUUACCCGGCAAAUGAUGGUAAUGGAGCGAAAUAAAAGAUAUUUCUAUAUGACCUAUACAUAUGACACGCGCUUGUUCCAUAUUCUUUAAUUAUUUUUAAUGUACUGGUAUAUCUAAUUUAAUCAUAUUCUUUUAAUUUAUUAAUUAAAUGAUAAUAAAUUAUUUUCCAGUUCCUAUUCUGGAGCUAUUGUUCACUGCACCACAUAUUAAAAGUUUCUCUUAAUUAAUUACAAAAAUAUUUAGACUAAUAAUAAAACUAAUAUAGUUGCUGUCUGAACUGCCUUGAAGAUUUUUACCAUCUGACAACUGCUAACUUACAAUACAGAACAUUGAAGUGUUUUUACAUUUUCAAAUAGUUACCUACAUUUGACCUCCAUGUUUGAGAUAUUUUUUGAAGUUUAUUAUAAAAUACUGCAUACCACUGGACACUCAAGUGCCAAUGCACCCCGAUGCGCCCUACUUUAUUAUUUUACUGUGUCUAAUGCCAGAUGAUUUUACUUGUCAAGGGGAGAGUCUUUCCAUUUUAAAAGUUUAAUUAUGUGGUGUUAAUUUUAGGACCAAUAACUAAGAAAGAAUUGCCUCUUCUUAGAAUCUAUAGCUAGCUCUUGACUGGAAUAAUUUAUGAUCAUUCUUGUCAGCUUUCUGUGGCAUGAGCGUCCGGAGCUUUCUUCUCGUUGUGCGUUCCUAAGACAUCUUUCUCGACUUCUUCUACGCUGAUAUUUUUAUCCUUUAACGCUUUCUGAAAAGUAAACGUGGAUAGAAAAUACGACGAUUGUAAAUAAAUAAGCAUGUCAACAAAUAAACAAUGGCAUUGCACCUCGAUGUAACCCUACGUUAUUAUUUUACUCUGUCUAAUGCCAGACAAUUUUACUUGUGAAAGCCUGAUAGGGGGAUUGCA